CCUGACACAAAAAAAAAACACAGAAAAGAUAAGAGGUAUUAAAGCCAGAUGAUGCAUGGUGCCAGCAAGGACUGUUAAAAGUUAGAUGAUAUAUGCUGCCCACAAGGACUAGAAUGUCUCUUUCAAUAUUGUUGCUAAGUUUCAUUCACAAUUUUAUUGCAUUACAGUGUGUUCUUGCUGACCACUGAAAUUAAAAUUAACCACAUUUUUUUUUCUCCAAACUGACAUACUGCCAGCAGCAUGCAUCUUCGCACAUAACCAACUAAAACAUUACACAUGCACAGCAUACAUCCUUUUAGAGAAAAAUGUUGAUAUUCUAUAAGCCAAGGUCUGCAGCAUCUACAAGAUACUCCACUGAAAAUCCCAAACAGAUCACUGUCAUGCAACCUUAUACAUCUUGUACUGUUGUCAUUUGGAUCCCAAUCAUUCACAUAUACAAUGCAGAGCACAACGAGUAUUAUAUUUGCAUACCAACUAACAACCAACAGCUAUUACUCUCCCUAAUAAACCUGCAGCAGAGUACAAAAAACCACACUCAAACCUCCAAUCACAACACCAACCGCGACCAUAAAAUAUAUCAAUUCCACCGCCCUUCCUACCAUCUCCUCCCUAUUGUUUAAGCUUCCAACCACAGAAGAAACCAAAAUUAUCUAUCCCAAACAAUCUUAAAGUCUAAAGUCAAUGCUCAGAAUCAUCAAACCUCUUUCCAUCUCUCUCUUCCCCAGCAUGAUCCCGUUCCAACUUUCUAAACCUAAAACCCUUUCAGAGCCUAUACUUCUUUUUAUGUAAUCUUAUCCUCACUCACACUCUCAAGUCUAAUACCUUAUUCACCAUGAUAUCCUUCUUACUAUCUGAGCCAAAAAUGCUUUAAGAACCUAAACCUCCAUUCGUAUCAUUCUCUCUCUCUCUCUCUCUCUCUCUCUCUCUCUCUCUCACCAUGACCUUUGAGGAAGGACCAGACCUAACAACCUACCACCACCACCUCCUAGAUUGGUUAGAGGACUCCAUCUCCUUCAUCCCCUCCUUCCUCGAUGACCCCUACAGCAUCCCUGAAUCCAUUGCCGGCUCGGAAUGGUGGACUCAGGAGCAAGACCAAGCCAACCUCCUCCAGAUGCCCCCAUCCACCACCCCCAUAGCCGUCCCUUCCACCACCACCACCAGCAGCAGCCCUCAGUCACUUCCACAACCUGAAUUCUCCAAGAAACGGAAGCUGCCCACCAGUCCAACCACCCCCAACAAGGUGGCAGCUCAUGGAAACCGGCGGAGAACUGGGCCUGAUGCUAGCGACGAGCGCAAUGGGAAGUUCGAGGAAGAAGGCGAGAUCCCCCAAAAGCCGGGGAAUGGAAGAAAGGGCCAGGGAAAGGGGAAUGGAGGGAAUUCCGGCAAUGGGAACAAGGAGGUGAGGUGGGCCGAGCAUUUGCUCAACCCCUGUGCCACCGCCAUCGAGGUGGCCAACCUCUCGAGAGUCCAGCAUUUAUUAUGCGUUCUUCAUGAGCUCGCCUCCCCGUCCGGCGACGCUAACCACCGCCUCGCCGCCUACGGCCUACGCACUCUAACCCGCCACCUCUCCUCCACCAGGAUCGCGGCGGCGGUGAACGUUCCCGCCCGCGGCGGUGGCCCCGCCGACGACUCCCCGUGUUUCGUUUCGACGGAGCCGAAGCUCUUCCGGUCGGCGCUCAUCAAGUUCCACGACGUCAGCCCCUGGUUCGCCCUCCCCAACUCCCUCGCCAACGCCUCCAUCCUCCAAGCCCUAACCCUAGACUCCAACCAGCGACUAAGGCCCCUCCACGUGGUGGACAUCGGCGUCUCCCACGGGGUCCAGUGGCCAACGCUCCUCGAGGCGCUGACCCGCCGCCCGGGCGGCCCUCCUGCCCUCGUCCGCCUCACCGUCGCCGGCGCUGCCGCCCCGCCAGGGCCCUUCUCGGCGGCGCCGCCGGGGUACGACUUCUCCUCCCACCUCCUCCGCUACGCCAAGUCCAUCGACCUUAACCUCCGAAUCGAGCGGGCGGACUCCCUCGCGCCACGUUCCCUGUCCCUCACCGGCGGCGAGAUCCUGGUGGUCUGCGCCCAGUUCCGCGUGGGCCACGGCGGGCUGGACGCCCGGACGGCGUUGCUCCAGUCGGUGAGGGAACUAAACCCCGACCUGAUGGUGCUGAGCGAGGUCGACGGCGGCCGCGCCGGUGAGGGCGAUGGAAGCUUCCCAGCGGAGUUCGGGAGGAGGGCGGAGUUGCUGUGGAGGUUCCUGGACUCGACGAGCGCAGCGUUCAAGGGGAGGGACUGCGCCGAGAGGCGGGUGGUGGAGGGCGAGGCGGCGAGGGUUUUGGAGGGACGGGCGCCGGAGGAGGGGAAGGAGCGGUGGCGGGAGAUGAUGGUGGGGCUAGGGUUCCGGGAUGAAGUGUUCGGGGAGGAGGCGGUGGAGGCGGGGCGGGCACUGCUGAGGAAGUACGACGGGAACUGGGAGAUGAGGGCGGCGGAGGCCGCGGUGGGGCUCUGGUGGAAGGGCCAGCCCGUGUCCUUCUGCUCCCUGUGGAAGCCACACACCGGAAGCCAGUGAAAGAUCCAGUGUGUUACGGGCCGAGAUGGGCCUGCCAAGAUUUCACACCAUCCACGGCAUCGCCGCCGCCCGAUAGGUGGUCCAUCUCUGCUGCCUUGUAGUUGAUGUGAUGCUGGCGAGGACACCCGAAUUUGAUAUGCUUCUCUUGUGGUACGAGAUGGAUAAAAUGUAAUGUAGCUGUGGAUAGUGUCUGCCUUGCAAUAACGAGAGCUUCAGUGGAAUUUCCAUGAGCUACGAUCUGAUGUGUAAUAUCAAGCCAAGUUUUUGCUGAUCUAAAGUAUAAUCACUCUCAAA